AUGCUGCCAACGUUGAUUGAAGAUAUCUACCUCUCCGCCUUGUCGCCUCUUCUUGCACUCUCAAUAGCACCUUACACCCUCCUCAUGGGCACGCUACUUCUGCUGCUCUUUCCACUGUGCUUCUGCUUGAAGCAGAUACCUGUCUGCGCACACUGCCGUCAUUUCCUUUCGCCGCUACUCGUCCUCCAGCUCAAGCUCGUAUACUCUUCCUGCGACAGAGAUGACACUGUCCAUUCCGAGACAAGCGGUAUUAUGGUGCUUGUCCUUGUCUCCAUGCUCUCUCCUCUGUAUGCCAUGGCUAUAGCUGUAGCGGCUUGGGUCGCUGGUGUUUUCUGGUUCUACACUGCUAUGUUGGGAAAUCCAGACGGGAGAGAAGACAGAGAUGAUGGAAGAGAGACAGUUCUAGCAGUGAGAGGAUGGUGGGAAAGGUGGUUAAUCCAAUGCUUGGAGCCAAAGCGAAGUUCCACAUUGCGGGAUGGUGGACCAGAAAGUGGCUGUUGA